GUUCAACACCUCAAAUGAACGAGCGUCGCGUUCGCUAGCUGUUCGCUAGCUGCCGAGCGAACUGGAUUUUAUUCAGAGUAGUGUGCUGGGGGCUGCAUGUCAGUGAGCAUCUAGCAGUGUCUUCUUACUUCCUUCUGGAGGGUGCCAACUUUCGAUUUCAGGAUGGCUGUUGACUUCGCCGCCGGAUUCAUUGGAGAAUUUGAUUUAUCGUAUCGGCGUCGUGUUCAGAUGAACACAUUUGUUCGUCUACAAACCCAGGAUGCGCACAAUCCGAGAUACCGAGGAGUAGUGCACUGUUUCAUGAAAACUGUUCAGACGGAAGGCUUACAUGGGUUGUACAAAGGGAUCUCGUUUCCCCUUGGGGGCAUGGCAGUGGUUAAUGCAGUGGCCUUUGGGGCUUACGGAAACAUGCUGCGACACAUGUCGAACCCGGAUGCCCUGGAAUCGCAUUUCAUCGCAGGGGCCGUUAGUGGGCUUGCCCAAAGUUUCCUCACUGCACCCCUGGAACUGGCUCGAACACGACUCCAACUUCAGGGCCAAGGAGAAGGUUGGGCCAAUUUCGUGAAACAAGGCAGUGCCGACAGUGAAGGUGGGAUCGUGGCCUGUAUCCGGCAAAUUUACCGAGAAGCCGGGAUAUGCAGGGGUAUUUUCAAGGGACUGGGGAUCACUCUUGUGAGGGACGCUCCUGCCUGUGGGAUCUACUUUUCUGUGUAUGAGCUCAUGUGUCGAAUGCUGUCUGUUGACUCAUUUGGACAGUCGAGCGUGUGGAAGCUGUCCCUGGCCGGCGGGACAGGCGGGGCCAUGUCCUGGCUCCUCACGUACCCGCUGGACCUCAUCAAGAGCCGGAUGCAAACCGACGGGUUCCUCGGCCCGAAAAAGUACACCUCCUCCCUCGACUGCGCCAUCCAGUCCUACCAAGAAGAAGGCUGGCGCGUGUUCACCCGUGGCCUGUCCUCGGCCCUCCUCCGCUCCUUCCCCACCAACGCCACCGUUUUCGCAGUAUCCGCCCAAGUGUUUCGCUUCUUCGACUACGUGUCCGUCGUGGAGCAAGAAUCGCCGGUGACGCAGACCCUCGUCGAACGCGUCGUCGUGGUGGAAACGAAGCAGCAACAACAACAACAACAACCGACUGUGAAGAAGUACGAUCACAAGAAUAAUCGCGGACUCGAGUACCCGACGGCGGAACUCUACGGCGCGGAUUAUCAUUAUCAUUCGGUGCCGCGAAUCGAGUUCCCCGGGGCGCAUUUCCUCGUUGGCUAUCUGCUCAACGGCAUGGACUCUAAUUACCACUCGGUCUUGUACUCGAUGCACAUCAAUUUCAAGAGGCCCCGGCCGCAGGGCUACUUUUUUGGCCACAACCAGAUCCCGGUGGAGGAGCACGCGGACGACGCGGAUUCCGUGCACCCGACGCCGUUUUACGCCGAGGACGAGAACUUCGACGCGAAGACGGCCGUCAAGAGGCACGAAGAGGAUGCUGCGAUUGCGGACGCCAAUUCCCCGCUGGAUGACGAGAUGGAUCAGCGAGCUUACGAGGAGUUGCUGGCUUGGCGACGGGAGAACAAUAAUAAUAGUGGUGGUGGGAAUAAUAAUAAUAAUAAUAGUGACGGGAAAGGGAAGAAUAACAAGGACGCCUUUUAUGACAGACACAAAGUGCAUCGCAUGCUGCUCACUGUCAUUGGAUGAUGGUGAUUUGAGAAUUAAUUGGUUCCUGCUUGACUAUAGACAGUGAGACCCCCACAUGCGGACAAUUCGACAUAGGGACACUUAUUUUCCCAGAAAAAAAUCAAUAAAUAAGGCCCAACAUGAGGACACUGACUCAACCUAGGGACAUUUUGUGAUAAAAUUGCAAAUACACAUUUCAGGCCAAAUAACGAGAAAAAGAUAUUUCCAACCCUAAAAUUG